AUGGAGAAUGUGGGGGUUAUCCUGAAAGGGAGCCAGUCAGGAGAUUGGUCGGUUAAUAUUGUAGCCUUUGGGAAUGAAAGAGAUGGGUUUUCUGAGGACAAUCAGCAGCCGAGCCUGAUCUGGAGCUAUCUCAGGAGGAGUGCUCUCAUUUCCCAGAUCGACAGCAGCUUGUCUGCCAGUCACGUUGGAACCCCAGUUUUUACCGAGUAUCAAGCCUGCAUAUGUGGAAAUGUCAGAUUGGUGGUACAUGACUGUCCUGUCUGGGAUAUAUUUGACAGUGACUGGUACACCUCUCGCAGUCUCAUUGGAGGAGCUGAUAUUAUUGUGAUUAAAUACUCUGUCAAUGACAAGACUUCAUUUCAAGAACUAAAGGACAGUUAUGUUCCAAUGAUAAAAAAAGCAUUAAACCACUGUUCAGUUCCAGUAAUAAUUUCUGCUAUUGGUGCAAGAAAAAAUGGAGUGCCUUGCACCUGCCCCCUGUGCACUUCAGACAGGAGAAGCUGUGUCACCACCUCCGAGGGAGUGCAGCUGGCCAAGGAACUAGGAGCUACUUACCUCGAACUGCACACUCUUAAUGACUUCUACAUACAGAAAUACUUUGGAGGAGUGCUGGAGUAUUUUGUGAUCCAAAGUUUGAAUCAGAAGUCAUCUGAAAAAAUGAAGAAGAGGAAAAAGACGCAGAAGUGCCAUCGAGUUCAACCACCUCAGCUUGAACAGCCAGAAAAAAUGCCCAUCUUAAAGGGCGAAGCCUCGCAUUAUGACGCAGACCUGCACAACCUGCUUUGCUGCUGCCAGUGUGCGGAUGUGGCGUUUUAUCCUGAAGACCUCAGCACAGUAGUGGAGGCUCACAAGAUCAUCCUCUGCUCCGUCAGCCACCUCUUCAUGCUGCUUUUUGAGGUGAAGAGCCCUGCCGACAUCCGUGACGCCUCCAUCGUGCGGAUGGCACAGAGCCUCUUCGCAGUGGAGGUGGGGGCGGCCUUCCCCCUGGCCCGCCGUGGCGUCCCACCCUGUGUCCCACCGGUGAGGGUGGUGGUGAAGGACUCCGUCUUCUGCUCUUGUCUGCCAGACAUCCUCCACUUCAUUUAUUCAGGUGCUUUCCAGUGGGAACGAUUAGAAGAGGAUAUAAAAAAGAAGUUGAAGGAUCCAGAAAAAACUGAACAUGUGCUUGAGAAGGUUAAAUGUAUCCUGAAAACUCCAGGGAAGCUGAACACUGUAAAGGACUGCAGAUCUCACCAGAUAAAACAGCUGUAUAAUACUUCUCUCAGGCUGUUCUUUAAUACACCUGUCCUAGCUGAUGUCAUCUUCAAAAUACAAGGUGCAACUGUACCAGCCCACAGAGCAGUUCUGGUAGCUCGCUGUGAGGUAAUGGCAGGGAUGUUUUAUGGUGAUUAUUUUGAAGCAAAUAGUAUUCUGGUUCCAGUGUAUGGGGUUUCCAAAGACACUUUCCUCUCCUUUCUAGAGUAUCUUUAUACCGACUCCUGCUGCCCAGCCAGUAUUCUCCAAGCUAUGUCUCUCUUGAUCUGUGCAGAGAUGUACCAAGUAAUGAGACUCCAGCAUAUUUGUGAGCUUUACAUUAUCACGCAGCUUCAGAGCAUGCCUAGCAGGGAACUGGCAUCCACAAGUCUCAGUAUUGUUAGCUUGCUCAAAAAAGCUAAGUUUCACAAUUCUGAUUGCCUUUCAACUUGGCUUCUUCAUUUUAUUGCCACUAACUACCUCAUCUUCAGUCAAAAGCCUGAAUUUCAAGAUCUUUCAGUGGAGGAGCGCAAUUUUGUAGAGAUGCACAGAUGGCCUUCUGAUUUGUACCUGAAGCAGCUUGCUGAUUACAGAAACUAUGUCCACUCUCAGAAAUGCCAUUGCAUAGUAAUGUAG